GUCACCUUCUACGUCUUUAUGGUCUACUGGGUCAGAACUUUGGAUUCCUCCAACAUCGCCAAUGCUUAUGUCUCCGGUAUGAAAGAGGACAUCAACAUGCAAGGAAACGAUUAUAUCAACACCGUCACUGUCUUCAACGUUGCCAACAAUGUUUUCCAAAUCCCCUUCAUGUACUUUCUCCCAAGAUUCCCAAUUCACAUCAUUCUACCUGCCAUGGAUAUCGGCUGGGGUAUCUUCACUCUUGCUUCCUUCAGGGUUAACAGCACCAGAGACAUUCAAAUCAUGAGAUUCUUCGUCGGUGCCUUCGAAUCAAGUUUCUACACCACUGUCCAUUACUUGUUUGGUUCUUGGUACUUGCCUGCUGAAUUAGGAAGAAGAGGUGCUAUCCACUACUUUGGCCAGAUGAUUGGUACCAUGUCUUCAGGUUUGCUCCAAGCUGCUAUCCACAGAAGUUUAGAUGGUACUGCCGGUUUGCCUGGUUGGAGAUGGAUGUUCAUCAUCAACGCCAUCAUCACCAUCCCCGUCGGUUUGAUUGGUUUCAUGUUGAUUCCUGGUACUCCUUAUAAAUGCUACUCAGUCUUCUUAAGCGACGAAGAAAUCAGAAUCGCUAGAGCAAGAUUAAAGAAGAACAACAUUGUUCCCCCACAAAAGGAAAUCGGAAAGUUCUGGGACAAGAAAAGAUGGACUAAAAUCUUAACUAGCUGGCAAUUGUGGGUUCUAACCUUCUACUACACCUGUUGCUUCAACUCUUCAAACCAUCCUGGUAAUGGUUAUGCUUUAUGGUUGAAAUCCUUAAACAGAUUUGACACCUCAAAACUUAAUAACUUGACCACCAUCAGUCCUGGUGUGGGUAUUGUCUUAAUCGCAAUGUGUUCCUUAAUCGCCGAUUUAGGAAGAUGUCGAUAUGGUGGUAUUUGCUUUACUCAAAUUCUUAAUUUCACUGGUAAUCUACUACUAACCCUCUGGAAUAUCCCUGAACACUCAAAAUGGUUUGCUUUCUCCAUUCAAUAUGCUGGUUGGGCUCAAGCUGCUACCAUGUGUGCCUGGAUUAACGAUAUACUAAGACACGACCCUCAAGAUAGAGCCAUUAUCUGGUUAACUCUUUUCGCUGUCUCCCAAUCGACUGUCAUUUGGAUUGUCAGAUUAAUCUGGCCUACUGUUGACGCCCCAAGAUUCUUGGUUGGUUACGCUACUACAAUGGCCUGGGCUGCUGUUUUGUUUCUCUUCUCCUUUGUCGUUCUUUGGUUCUAUAAAAAUGAUGAAAAGAAAUACGCCUUGGAUAAUGGUAUCUAUCUCUACAACUCCUCAAAGGGUGAAACAAUUCCUGAAGAUUCAAACGACUCUGAAUCAAACAAAGAAAAAUUAAGCGAAAAGCAAAGCAUUCAGGAACUCAUUCCAAUUAAAAACUAAUCAACUAUCAUAUUUGGUUACCUUUAAUUUCCAGUUUCCACUCAAUGGAUUUAUUAUUUUUCUCUCAUUACUGUCUUUUU